AUGGUCCAGCUGAAGCAUCUGUUACAAAUGGAGGCACUGCUGCUGUGACAGCACUGAAUGAUGACCUGGAUAUCUUCGGUCCAAUGAUCUCUAAUCCUUUACCAGCAGCUGCUAUACCUCCUGCUCAGAGCGCUUCCACUAAACCAGCAGCUGCCAGCUUGUCUGCAGCAUCCGGGGAUCUUGAUCUAUUCACUGAGCAAACAACAAAAUCCGAAGAGUCGGCAAAGAAACAGCUCUCCAAAGACUCCAUCUUAUCACUGUAUGGCACGGGAACCAUGCAGCAGCAAAGUGCUCCAGGUAUGUUCAUGGGCUCGUCUUCUCUGCCAUUUACCACACAACCAUCGACUCACUUUCAAGGCUUUCCAGCCAUGGGAGUUCCUGUGCCUGCAGCAACUGGGAUGAUGGGAAACAUGAUGGGACAGUCAGUGCCAGUCAUGGGACAGAGCACAGGCGUGAUGGUGGGAAUGGGAAUGCCCAAUGGAUUUACUGGUACUGCACAAACUGGUGUGAUGGGACUUCCUCAAAAUGUCGCUGGACCUCAAGGUGGAAUGGUGGGACAGAUGGUCACGCCACAAAACAAGUACGGAUUGCAGCAAACCCAGCAGGCUCAGUGGAACCUCUCCCAGAUGAACCAGCAAAUGGCCGGGAUGAACCUCAGCAGUCCCAGCAGCGCGAUGGGCUUUGGCCAGGCCCCCAGCACGGCGGCAGGGUGGACUGGAAGCUCCUCUGGCCAGACUCUCAGCACACAACUGUGGAAAUGAAAGCAGCCACAGACGUCUCGCCCAGAACAGCCGCCCAACAUUCCUCGUUCAGCUGCAUUUACUCCCGCUGUUCCUCCCAUGUACAUACUCUUUUUCUUUUUCCCCGGCUGUUCAGAUUAAGAAUCUUAACUGACUGACCGUGCCGUGGCCCGUAUUGGUUUAAAUUUGAUGUAGUAAAGAGCAGAUCCAAGAAUUCAUUUCUGCGUCCUUGGCAGCGGUUUCAUACAAUGCAUAUGAUUUCAUAGACCAUACGUUUAAGAAGCUGCUUAACCAUGUACUGAUUUUUUUCCCUCAAAAUUCUAGAUCAAAUGUUUGCAUAUAAGGGAUGUAGCUAUCACGUUAGUUAAUAUCCAAAAAUAUGAACCCCAACCCCCCAAAUUACCCAGUGGUCCCGUAGAAGGUACUGUACGAACAAAUGUUUAAUCAUAUAUAAACAGAAUGUAAAUGUAUCACUGAGCAAUGUUUUCUAGUGUAUCAGACAAAUUUUGUUUCAUCAUACAUUUCACUGUGAUGUUGUUACGGUGUGCAUAACAGGGAAUGUGGUUAUCGAGAGAAAGAUAAACCUGGAUGUUACUGUAGUUCUACAAAUCAGUAGUUUAUUCUUUUAAAAACAAGCAUUGGACCCAUUUGAGUGUCCCGUGGCGAAGCCCCGGUCUGGCCCGCGAGGCACGCGCACAGUGUUAGUGCCGAGAGCGAGCAGCGCGGUGAGUCACCAGGUAACCCGGCGUGAGCAAGGCUGCUCUGCCUCGCAGAGACACCCAGGUUUAUGACAGUGAUUGUGUUUACAUUUUAUGGUGCCUCGUAAUGAUAAAAUGUUAUUUCCCUAUAUUAAAAGGAUAAAUCCAUAAA